GUCCGCUGCUCUGAGCCCGACUCCCCUCCUUUGUAACUCGAUGGGGCCGGGCAGGUGCUUUCCGGCCCCACCCCGAGCCCCUCCGACCUGGGGCUCCUGCCCUGAGCCCCGGGCCCAAGCCUGAGCGCUCUCCUUCCCAGUCACCUGCAGAGAUCCCUGCGGUGUUCCGAGAGGGAAGGGGAUGAUCCCCGUCGUCCCUGUAGCUGCCUUCCAGGAAUCAGUGACGUUCGAGGAUGUGGCUGUGGAGGUCACCCCGGAGGAGUGGAGGCAACCGGACCCUGCUCAGAGGAACUUGUUCAGGGAUGUGAUGCUGGAGAACUACAGGAACCUGGUCUCCCUGGGACUGGCUGUUAACAAACCAGGUAUUAUCUCCCAUUUGGAGAGAGGAGAAGCACCAUGGACUCCAGCUGUCUCAGGCGGCACCUUUCCAGGUGGGUGA